GCACACAGAGGUGGCACUUGGUGCAGUUUCGCACGCGAAGCGAGGCCGAAGAAGAAGAAGCCACCGGCUAGCUCCAAAAUGGCGGACCAGGCGACCGACACGGCGUGCGUCGACGUCCAGCAGCGCGACAGUGGCGCCGUCUCGCCGAAGCACGUCCUCGCCAAGGACGCCGGGUCGGCCUUCUUCCAGGAGGGCCACCUCAACGCCGGGGAGCAGCAGCACGCAGGAGAGCUGGCCAAGAUGAUGGCGAAAAUGAUGAGCUGCUCUCCCAUGGACAUGGGCCCCGACGGAGGACAUCUUCCACCGAACGACAUGGCCGCCUCGCACAAGAUGCGUGACCUGCUGGCCAAGGCCGAGCAGAGCGGCGAAGAAGACGGCAACGCCGUGCAGCGGUUCGAGGACCUGGUGGCCCAGGGCAGGCACAUGCUCGAACAGAUCAACGACACCCUCAACACCCUGCUGGCCGCCGAGAUGAACAGCGCUGCCGCCGAAGAUGCGUCGCGCUGAGCACCUCUCGUUGACGACGACGGAUGAGGGCGCCAGCGCUGUCUCGGGGCUCCAACGUGUCCUCGCGGGGAGCAGAAGCUCCGCAAGCACAUUCCAAACACGGUCACUGUCUGUUAUCCGGGCGACCUACGAAUACAACA